UGUAGCUCUCGAGAAUUCAAACACUGAAGAAAAAAAGUAGCAGAAGUGGAAGAAGACUAGACCCACUGAAAUCAAGAGGAAAAGGACUUUUUAUAUAGUGGAUUUUUGCAGAAGAAGAUCCAGUGAAACUAAAGAGGACCUGGCUUCAGAGAUUGACAUGGCAACUUUUGCAGGGACUACUCAGAAGUGCAAGACAUGUGAGAAGACUGUGUACGUAGUGGAUCAACUUCAAGCUGACAGCAAAGUCUACCACAAGUCUUGUUUCAGAUGCCACCACUGCAGGGGUACCCUCAAGUUGAGUAAUUACUCAUCCUUUGAGGGGGUUUUGUACUGUAAACCUCAUUUUGAUCAACUGUUCAAGAUGACUGGCAGCUUGGAUAAGAGUUUUGAAGGUGCUCCAAAAACUGCUAGAGCUGACAGAGUGGCUAAUCAGGGCCAAACAAACAGCAAAGUCUCUAGCAUGUUUGGUGGAACUCAAGAUAAAUGUGUUGCCUGCAAGAAAACUGUAUACCCUCUUGAAAAGGUCGCAGUCGAUGGAACAUCAUAUCAUAGAGCUUGUUUCAGGUGUAGCCAUGGUGGCUGUAUGAUCAGUCCUUCAAACUAUAUAGCUCAUGAUCAUAAGCUUUACUGUAGGCACCAUCACUCCCAACUUUUCAAGAAAAAGGGAAACUUUAGUCAACUGGAGGAACAUGAACAAGUUGAAUUGGCAACUGAGAAUGGAAAAGGCUGAUUAGGGCAUCAAAAUUUUCAUCAUGAUGUCGCAUCGAAAUUGUAUUCUCUGUGAUUGAGCACCAAAUGCAGCAGUUUGAGGAUAUAAGCAGAAAUGUUGCUGUUUUAUCUAAUAUUUAUCAGGACAGAAGUUUUGUUUAAAUUCCAAUUUGUUUCUAGCUUUAUUUGUGUGUGUUUUGAAGAGUUACCUAUAUGAAGUUUACAUUUCAAUUCUACCUUCUUGUAAUUAAAAAUCUUUAUCUAAAGCUUGGAAUGGCUUUUGGGAUGGUCUAAGCUUAUCAUUUGGCUAAUGUACAAGUUAUUCAUGUUUUA